AUGUUACGAACAGUAGGGCCACUGUAUAACAGCAGGAAGCUGACACUGCGUUUCUUUCAGACGGAGCAAAGGAGGAACACCAACCUGCACGGCUUGUCAGCGGUGCAGAAGAAAAAAGUGAUAGUAAAAAUGUUCAAUCAACUCACCCGAGACGACAUGGAGGCGCUCAAGAGGCGGGCUGCAGCUUGGGAAGCCAAGAAUAUGGGCGACUACAAGAUGACUCCAUCUUACAGGUAUCCGAACGAGAUUACGCCGUACGAGCUCUUCUACAAGGAGCAGCUUUCUAAUCCGGCUAUUGCAUCCAUUGCAUCCCCUAGCAUACGCGAAAAAAGACUAUUUGCCAUUUUUAACACUCUUCCAGAGGCUACAAGAGAGACGCUUGAGCGGCGUGCAAGAGAGUUCUCCCGGCGUGAAGUUGUGAGUAUAUCCCCAACGCCGCCGAGGAAAAAACAUUCAGUUAGCAAAAAAGAAAAAAAACUGACAAUUAAAACCGGUGGCGGAACUCGCAAAACGACCAAAACAAAGACUUCCGCAAGGAAGAAUAAAACCGGCACCAAAGCCACAGUGUCGUCAUACGCCACAUUUGUGAAGGAACAGAUGCCGCAUGUGAAACAUCUUCCAAUCAAAGAACGGAUGAAGGUAAUUGCUGCAAAGUGGAAUUCAAUAAAGACGGCAACUGCCGUAGACAAACCGGGUCUGACGACCCCUGCAGCAGCUACACCGUCACUGCCGUUCUAA